AUGAUAUUAAAUAUAGUUAAAAGAACUUCCAGGACUUCCUUGAAUUUUAUUCAGAUUGCCUGUAGGAACUUAAAUUCCAAAAUACCAGUAUUACCUGUCCCAUCUCUGACUAAUGAAUUUACUUCUACUGUAAAAAUAGAAAGAAAUACAAUUGCACUGUUAGAGCGACUUUCUUUAGUGAGUUUUGACACUGACGAAGGUCUAAAUAUUUUAGAAGACUCCAUUGCUUUUGCUGACAAGAUCCUGCACAUUGAUACCGACAAUGUCGAACCCUUAUAUUCAGUUCUUGAGGACCAGACCUUAAUACUCAGGGAAGAUAAAGUAACACAAGGAAAUUGUCAAAAAGAAAUACUUAAAAAUGCAGCAGUGACCGAAGAUGACUAUUUCGUUGCACCCAUAGGCAAUAUACCUUUACAUGAAGUUGAAGUUCAGACAGAGUCCACAAAACUAAAACAAAAUGAAAAUUGA